AUGACACCCGACUCCCCUAUCGACGCAAAGUCUCCGCCACUAUGGGCAGACAUACCAACCGCGCUGAAGGACGGGGUGCCUAUGCUGAAGAUGACGAGUCGAAAGAUCAAGCAAUUGAUCAUUCGGAUACACAAGGGCAGUAUCGUCUGGGGCAGCAGUAAAGGAACAGAGGUACCAAUCAGCUCCAUCAGGGAAUUACGCUUGAACCAGCCUCCCACGGGAGACUUUUCGUCUUCCCGCUGGAUCACCGUCGUCUAUGUCCGGAACCAACAGUGGAAAGUCUUGCACAUGAGUGCCUUGACAGACGACAUGUAUCGACUCUGGGUAGACACGUUGACCUUAUUGGUCUCGGAAACUUCAGACCGAUUUGUGGCUCAAGUUACACCCAGUGAUCCAGACAUGAUGUGGAUAAGACAAUUGUGGCCUGCGGGAGCGAAAUGCAUUGAUUUUCAAACUGCUCAAGGACUUUGCGGAGGUCUAGGAUUACUUAUCUCGUCGGAUCUUGAGGCGGAAUACCGGAACCGGUCACUGGAUUGGACGGCGUUUAGACAUUUGGUCAAGAAUGCUCAGACUCGACCGGAGUUUGCAGCUAUCUACGCGGAGCUCACUGCCGAAGGUCCACUAGAUCGAGAACGUGUCGAUUGGUUCCUCAGAACUGUUCAAAAGCUCGAUCCCGCCAGCAUCUUUGAAGAAUUUGCCGACGGCGAAGUGUGGUCAGUCGAAUCACUAACCGACUUUUUGCUGUCACCCCACAAUCUUCAAUCGUUUACCUGUGACAUGACCAAGCCUCUAUCGCAUUACUUCAUCUCAAGCUCGCACAAUACAUAUUUGGUCGGGGAGCAGUGGCGCGGAGAGAGCACGGUUGAAGGGUACAUUCGGGUCUUGCUGGCUCGGUGUCGAUGCGUCGAGAUGGACUGUCACGACGGAGAAAUCGAGCCUCAAGUGUUUCACCGGAUCAGUCUUACGUCCAAGGUUCCCGUCCGGGACAUAUGUCAAGCCAUCAACAAGUACGCGUUUGUGACUUCGCCAUACCCCGUCAUCAUUUCUGCAGAAGUCCACUGUGGUCUUGAACAGCAGGAGAAGCUGGGGUCGAUCAUGCGGGAGAUUUUUGGCGACAAGCUCGUUAGUGCGCCACUGGAUGAGACCUGGACUGGUGCGGCAGAUUUACCUAGUCCAGAGCAAUUGAAAGGGAAGAUUUUGCUCAAGGCCAAGCCACCUCCCCCGCCUGAGCUGAAAUCCACACGUCCGAGUCUUCAACCGAGCCUAUCGACAGAUUCUGCCACGUCUUCGACCGAGUCUGAUUCUGGUAUCGCCCGUCUGGUACGGCGACUGAGCGUGACGAGCAACAAUGGGGAUCGUCAGCCGAAGGCUUUUCCCCCGAUUCUGUCGGAUCUGCUAGUCUAUACCCAAGGCGUCAAGUUUCGCGGCUUCUCCAAGCUUGUCGACUAUGCGAAACAUCAUCAAUUCUCGCUUUCUGAUCGGACAGGCGGAAAAGUCGCCAAAGAGCAUCAGGUCGACUGGAUCAAACAUAAUUUCACGCACUUGUCUCGAGUGUAUCCUCGACCUGCCCGAGUCACGAGUGGCAAUUACGAUCCUAUUCCCUUUUGGAUCGCUGGAUGUCAGCUGGUGGCUCUGAAUUGGCAAACAAUCGAUGAAGGUACAAUCCUUAACCAUGGCUUGUUCAAUGAUACCCUUGGAUACGUUCUCAAGCCUAUUGCACUCCGCCAGAAGGUUUCUGAGCCGCUCCAACGGUAUCGUCUUCGGGUCCACCUCGUCUCGGCGCAACGUCUCCCACCUUCUUCCGAUAUCGAAGUCGUCAUCUCGUUGAUCCCUGCACAGAAGAAUGAACCGGAUCCCCCUGAUCGAUCGACCUGCACCAUCUCUGGACCGACCUUGAAUCCGCAUUGGAACGAAGUGUUCUCCUGGGAUCUCAACUCCACCGAGUCCACUUUGGAUCUUUCCUUCCUCCAUAUCAAGGUCAACGCUCAACAAUCUCGGUCCGGGAUCCGUGACGGUCUGCUCGCACAGUGGAUCAGACCUCUUGGAAGGACACCGAGAGGGUAUCAUCAUUUGCCUCUGUACGAUGGACUGUUCUCAAAGUACGUGUUUGCAACGUUGUUUGUGAGGAUAGAUCUGAAUGAGGUGUUGGUGGUUUGA